AUGUUGGUCAAGCUGGAUCAGUGGUGGAAAAGCAAGGCCCACCGCCGCAUCCGUGGGGCUCGUGGGGCGCGCUUCGCCAGCCUCAAGUUUCACGCCCUGUUUCUCGCCAGUGCGGUGGGCCUGGUCGAGUGGGUGAUGCGGUCCACGGACAGUUACACCGUAUACCACAUCGCGCCGCCGCCGGUGCCGCCGCCGCCGCCACUGCCGACGUCGGUCGGCUACUCGCUGGGUCAGGAGAUGCCGCACCUGCGCUCCAUGGAGCUUGAGGCAGAAAUCCCGCCGCACGUGCCGCAGGUCCGUGGGUUGAACUACGUGUCCCUCCGCAAAGACGGGAAAUUUUCGUGA